UAAGUUCAUUCCUUGUCUAUUCUUUACAGCGAAAUUCCUAAAGCGCCAGCGAGAACUUGUCAGUGGAAUUACAUCGUCUUUUUUUCUCCCGUUAUCUGGAGAAGAAAAAGACAGCUGAAUGACAAGAUGAAACAAAGGCAGGAAAUGGCAGAUGAUCAGAGGAGAAGUUGGUUUAGGAUAUCCAGGACUCACUAUUUCGCCAUUAUUCUGGUAAUUGGGGGUGUGUUCUUUAUUUACAGCAUAAGGGAAAUGACCCCAGACUGGAACCCCAAAAAGUGGAUGGAAAAUCGGACGUCAGACUUGUGGAUUAUUUUAGAACGGCAGAGGCAAAAAAUAAUCUCUCUCCACUCUGAAAUUAAUGACAGCUCAUCAACACAUCCUCCAACUAAUAAUAUGACAUCGGCACCAGAAGUGAAGACAGAAACUGCAGCGGUCGCUCCUUAUGUUUCUCCUGGACCAUAUUUAGUCGAAUACCCUUAUGAGUACCCCUUCAUCAUAAAUGAGCCACAAAAGUGUGAGCGGGAAAAACCUUUUGUGGUUCUGAUGGUUCCCGUAGCACCAAACAAUAGGCGAGACCGUGACAUCAUCCGCAGCACCUGGGGGAACGACAGGGUUGUGCAGGGCAAAGUGGUGACGCUCUUCUUUUUACUGGGGCUACAGACGGGGCCGGGAGCAGAGCAGGUCCAACGGCAGAUGCUUCAGGAGAGCAACAAGCAUCACGACCUGAUCCAGAGCAACUUUGUGGACUGCUACAAGAAUCUCACCAUUAAGACCAUGGUAAUGCUGGAGUGGCUGACUGCACACUGCUCCGGUGCUUCUUAUGCCAUGAAGAUUGACUCAGACAUGUUUCUGAAUGUGCACAAUCUUGUCAAUAUGCUCUUGAAUGCUCAAAAAACCAACUACAUGACUGGACUUGUGACGCGAUGGGGUACAGUACUGAGAGAUCCAAGCUCUAAGUGGUACGUACCACCUGACCUUUAUGCACCAACUUUUUACCCUGCCUAUGCUCUGGGCCUGGGCUACAUUAUGUCUUUAGACCUCCCUAAAAAGCUCACUGAGGCAUCCAGACAUGUUAAAGCACUUUACAUUGAGGAUGUGUAUUUAGGGAUGUUAAUGUACCACCUGGGCAUCUCUCCCACUUUCCCCCCAAGCGGUGAUUACUUCCAUGUUUUUCCUUUGGCAUAUAACCGAUGUCACUUCUCCCUUUUUACUACUUUGACUGGACCGGACGGCGGCGUGGCAGCCGCAGGACCGGACGAGGAUGAUGCUGCAGGCGACAGUGUGGAAACCGCAGGUGGAGGCGCUGCAGGCGAUGGUGAUGACUGGAUGGGCUCCUCGGCCCCCGAGCGGAAGGAGGAGUCUGGAGCAGUUCCUCUGACCCCCAGUGAAAACAGAAGGCUGCUGAACGGGCCCCUUGGACCCUCCAGCGGAGGCAGGCACAGGUGUGGGGACCUCUGGCAGGCACAGAGCAGGCUGGAGCUGCGCAGGGUGUUGACUCUGCUCUGGCAGCAACAGCAGGGUGCAGUCCUCAACUGGCUUCUUAGCCCCCAGGGGUACAGAGUCAGCUGA